UGAUUCGUUCCAAAUGGAAGAUCCAACUUUAGUGCUAGACUUAAAGCAUUUCAUUUUACACUCGAAUUAAAAGACUCGACAUUGUAGUAAUUUUAAUUCGCAAAAGUUCAAGGCAGAAUGUUUCGUCGCAUAAAUAGUAUGUGGAUGGUGACACGUUCCUUGACGCGCGCUUCAGGUGCGCAGCGGCACUUGUCUGUGGGGACUCUGCGCCGAAGCAAACCCAGUGCCCAAAAGGAUCUUCAGCCCAGUGCCGUACUGCAGCAGAAGGAGAAGGAGAAGCAGACCGUCACAGCAAAAGAAGGGUCAGCCAUCGUGGUGGCGCUCAAGUCCGAAAAUGGCUGUGCCUCCGAUAGCCAGCCGCAACAAUUGGAAAACGUCUACAAGCUGAACCGCCGCGAUGCCCUGAAGCGAAUGUUGAAGGAAAAGAGCAACAAAGAGGGCAACGAGCAGAAGCCUGGCGAACAGAAGACGAGCUCUGAUCAUGGCCAGUCGCCACUGGGGCGUCAACCUAUGCCUUGGGUGCCCCAGCCCAGCUACCGGGGUCCCGAAGUCAAGAAGAAGGCCACCGCAGCGGACGAGGCCCCCAAGGAUGAGCAGAAGAAAUCGAAACUGAAUCGCCGCGACUAUUUGAGACAGAUGUGCAAGCAGAGCCUGCUGAAUCCCCAGGAGAAGAAGCCCGGCGACGAUUUGCAAAUGGAAUCAGUAAAACUCAAGAAGGAGUCGCUGGAUCCGGCACGGGUGGAAAAUCUCAAUCUGAAGUGGAAACAGCACCAGCAGGAGAUUGCCAAGCGAAUGCAGAACGCUGACAAGAAGAAGUUCGUCUCCCGAUUCGAGAUGAAUGCGGGGCGGAAGGAGAAGAUAAAAUAAAUGAUCAUUCCCCGAUCUCUGACACUCCCAUUACACACAUACACACACACACAUACAAGCACGUUGAUUCGCAGGCAUCCUUAACGUGUAAUUGUUAAUUGUUAAAAUUCUUGUUAUAAACCAGCAUAGAGCCAGCCAGCAGUAACUAUACGUACAGAGA